CCCACAACGAACGACUGACAUGGUUCGGGCCGCCACCAUGAAGUGGAUACAGGAAAGGCUUCGGUAUAUAGUAUAUUCCGGACACCGAUACUUGUGCUGUGUUUGUCAGAAGAAUAUCAGGCUAUCGUAACGGCAACAUGAUGGAUUCUUUCAAGUCUCUUACUGUACCGGCUACUCUUAAUCCUCUGGCACUUGCAGCGACAACGCUGAAAGGAUAUGCUUUGCUCGGGAUCGUGGGCGUGGUGCUGGUAGCACUCCUCACAAAAUUCCUCACCUCCGACAAACGACGAAAACACCUCCCACCGGGCCCAAAGGGUCUGCCUCUCAUCGGGAGUCUUCUAGAAUUCGCCGAAUCCGACGAAGUCCCCAAGAAGGUAGAGGAAUGGGCCCGAAAGUAUGGCGAUAUCUUCCAUCUCCGGCUAGGCCAGACGGAUUACAUCUAUCUCAACACGCCGGCUGCUGUUAAGGAGUUGAUGGAUAAGCGAAGCUCGAAGUAUUCUUCGCGGCCCUUUCUACCCAUGGCGUUUGGGGUCGUGUCCGCUUUUCGGAGGAUGCUGUUUAUGGAGUAUGGGCCUGAAUGGCGGAGCCAACGCAAACUGGUGCACAACCUCCUCAAUAUCCGCCGCUCGAUCUCCUACCAGCCUGUCCAAGACUUCGAGUCCAAGCAAGUGAUCUUCGACAUGCUCGACAACCCCUCGGGGUUCUACGACCACAACCGCCGAUACUCCGCCUCGGUAAUAAUGCUCGUAACCUACGGCUACCGCGUAACGAGCUGGAAUGACCCCGUGGUGCAAGAGAUCUACAGCGUACUCGACAACUUCACCAACAUCUCUGCACCCGGCGCCUUUCUCGUAGACUCCUUCCCCUCACUCGCCAAUUGGCCGCAAUGGCUCCUCGGAAACUGGAGGAGCAAGGGGCAAGCCAUGUACGAACACGACAGCAAAGUCUACCUCAAGCUGUGGCGGCGGCUGAAGUCGGAAGUCGACGCGGGCACCGCUGCAGAGUGCUUCUGCAAGGACUUCUACCUGGCCGAUCCGAGCAAGAAUGGUAUUGAUGAGCUGGGCGCGGCGUUUGCGGCCGGUGGAUUGGUCGAGGCCGGCUCCGAGACCACGUCGACCACGCUCAAUAACUUUAUCCUGGCCGGUCUACUGUUUCCUGAGGCGAUUGCAAAGGGACAGGAUGAACUCGAUAGAGUUGUGGGUAGCGAUCGGCUGCCUACAUGGGACGAUGAGCAGAACCUACCUUACAUUCGCGCGAUGGUUAAGGAGAUCCUCCGGUGGCGGCCCGUCAACAAGUUUGGGAUGAACCACGCGCUGAGCGAGGACGAUUGGUGGAAUGGAUACUUCCUGCCGAAGAACUCGGUUGUCAUGUUGAACUGGUGGGCUAUCCAUCGCGACCCAAAGAAAUGGGAAAACGCAGAUCAAUAUAUCCCCGAGCGGUACCUGGGCGUGAAUGAGUCAGCUGCCGACCUCAGUACCGCAGCAGACCCGAACGGCCGCGACCACUGGACCUACGGCGCCGGCCGCCGCAUCUGCCCGGGAAUCCAUGUCGCCGAGCGGUCACUAUACAUCAACAUUGUACGGUUCGUGUGGGCAUUUGAUCUGCACAAACCCGUGGAUGCGGCUACGGGUAAGGAGAUAGAGCCGACGAUGAGUAUGGUUAGGGGAUUCCUCAGCACGCCGAACCAGUUUGGAGCCGAUAUCCGGCCCAGGAGUAAGCGCCAUGCCGAGGUAGUGAGAAGGGAGUGGAGUAACGCGCAGAGGGAGGGGUUGAAAUGGAGUCGAGACUAGGACAUGUUUGAG